AUGCAACCAGAAGGAGGUUUGGUACUCCGUUUCAUUAUCGUGGGCGGUGGAUUAGCGGGAUUGGCAACCGCCAUAGCACUUGCCCAGCAGAAUCAUCUCGUUUCGAUUCUGGAAGCGCAGGAGUCCUUCAGUCAAAUUGGUGCUGGCAUCCAGCUUCCACCAAACUGCUGCAAGAUAUUGAAACAUCUCGGUAUCUUAGAAUCCGUACGCCAGCUAUCCACGAUUCCCCAAGAGAUCGAUUUCUUGUCUUACCGGAAUGGCGAACUCCUCUGCCGAACGGCUCUAGCUCCGGAUACGGAAACUGACUAUGGCGCGCCGCAUCUUGUUGUCCAUCGUGGGCGACUUCUCGGGGUUCUUUUGCAGAAGGCAGAAGAACUGGGUGUAAAUCUCCACACCAACUGCGCCGUAACGCGUAUUGACUUCGAUUCGCCCGCCGUAUUCACAAACGACGGCCGUAAAUUUACCGCUGAUGUCGUGAUUGGUGCAGACGGAAGCCGGAGCUCCUGUCUUGCAGCCUUGGACGGCACGAGUAUUUCCCAGCGUCGUCCCAGAAAGAUGGUCUACCGCCUGACACUACCGUCACACGUUCUCAAAAUGCAUGAAGACACUGUGCAUCUCGUGUCGCCUGCGAAAAUAACAUACUGGAUGGGUCCCGCUGCCCAUGUUGUGUGCUACGAUCUCACGCACGACGGCGUCUGCAACAUGGUUCUUAUCAAGAACAUGCCUGAACCGACUUCAGCGCAGCGUGGUCCUGGAUUCGAUGCGAUCACAGAGUUGGAGGAGACGUUUCGUGAUUGGGAUCCUGUUCUCUCACAUGUAAUUAAACUUGCGGAUACAGUUAGGUUCUGGCCUCUCCAACAAGCCCGUAUAGCGGAGAAAUGGACACACGAGGGCGGAAAGUUUGUUCUUAUUGGCGAUGCGAGCCAUACCAUGGCAACAUACCUUGCUCAAAGUGCCGCUCAAGCCUUUGAGGAUGCAGCGCUUCUGGGAGAGCUCUUUGCAAGGAUCCAAAGUAUUCACCAGGUAGGCGAUGCACUGCGGAUCUUCGAAUUGGUCCGCAAGGAGCGAGUAGCAAGUAUCGCUCGCGUGUCGGAGAUCAUUGGGGAGAUUGGGGAACUCGAGGACGGCGCUCUGCAACAGGAGCGGGAUCGGCAAUUGAAGGAAAUGACGCCAUCUGCUGGCUAUGCUAAUCCUUAUUCUGAUCCGUCUGUCCGAAAGAUCCUGUACGAGUACGAUCUUAUUGCCGAUGUUGACUUGGCUUGGAAGCGCUAUGAAAGGGGAGGGUAAAUUGGCACCGUCAGUUCUGGUUUGUCCGAUGUGGAGUUCCGGAAAGAAGAAGUGUAGGGUCUUGAAAUGGUCAAUGGGCAUUCCCUUUCCAGAAGAAGAAAGGAAGUUGAUUGCAAGAGGGAUUCCCGGAACGGCGCGGGACGCACGCUCAUUGAUGAGAUACAUGCGGUUGUGGUCCAGUUAGAGGCUCGUUUCUACACGCUCGGAUGAAGACGUGUCUGCCUUACGUUCUCCGCUAAUAUCGCUGCUCCCACGUGGCUUAGAAUGACUUUGUCCCUAAUUGCUCUGUCUCCAGC